UGGCAUUUAUGUUUAUAACACUGCCUCUGCGGGAAAAUCGCCAACACAACAUGGCCGCUGGUCGACCAGGCAACGGUCCGGUACCUGGCGAUUUUGACAACGAAAUUCGAUCAUGGGUGCCGCUGUCCUUAACCCACGUCGAAUACCCUGCAGGUGACUGGCUGGGGAAGACCUUAGCCUAUAUUUCCCUGUCACCAUUGGUGAUCUUGGUGUCAUUUGGAACGCUAGUCAUUUUUAGAAGAGAUUUGCACACGAUCACAUUCCUGUGCGGCACUCUACUCAGUGAGGCCAUAAACUUUGUACUUAAGCAUGUAAUUAAGGAAGCCAGGCCAUACAAAGCUCGUGAUAACUUCACCGAGUUCGGCAUGCCAUCCAGUCAUUCUCAGCUCAUGUGGUUUGUGGCAACAUAUCUGGCUUUCUUUGUUAUUGUUCGGUUGCACCAUGGCAAUAGCAGUUGUCCUUGGGAGAACCUUUGGAAGUGUACUGUGAUAAUCUGCUGGUUCCUGCUGGCAGGAACUGUUUCAUACAGCAGAGUGUACCUGGAAUACCACACAUGGGCACAGGUGUGCUGGGGAGCUUUGAUAGGCUCUGUGCUCGCCUGCCUCUGGUUCUGCAUAACCCAGUUCAUACUCACACCGCUCUACCCUCGAAUUGUUUCCUGGCACCUCAGUGAAUUGCUGAUGCUGAGAGACACCACUCUGAUUCCUAAUGUGAUGUGGUUCGAAUACACCUCCUACAGAGCAGAGUCGAGGACAAGGCAACGGAAGCUUGUAUCCAUGAAGUCUCAGUGACAUUGGGACACUCGCCUGCGCAGGCAUUCCUACACAUGUCAUCGGAAUGAAGGGAUGACAACACGACUAAGUCUUUUUCUGGGGGGACUGGGGCGGAUGCGAAAAGUGCAAUGAAGACGUCUGUCAACAGAGGCGAGCACAUCACUCCACAUUUCAGGUGUCAUGCUUGUGAAGGAAUUAUAAUAAAUGGGUGGAUGGGUGGCAGUUACAUGUCCACUUUGUAUCAAAUGUGCCAGUGUGCGUGCAAGAGUGCAGGCACGAUAGACAUUGUCUGCUCCCUCAACUUUUGCAUAUAUGGUUCUGCCCUGUCAUUAACCUUAUAUAUCUUCAGAACCAUUGGUCCAACAAUGAUCUCCACAUAUUUUGCGACUGGUUGUGGCAAAGGAAUAAAGCCAAGCCUUUUCAUCCAUCA